CCAGUCUGAGCGGCGAUGGCGGCGGCGGCGGCGGCGGCAGCAGCAGCGGGGGCUGCGGGCGGUCGGGGCUCCGGGCCGGGGCGGCGGCGCCAUCUUGUGCCCGGGGCCGGUGGGGAGGCCGGGGAGGGGGCCCCGGGGGGCGCAGGGGACUACGGGAACGGCUUGGAGUCUGAGGAACUGGAGCCUGAGGAGCUGCUGCUGGAGCCCGAGCCGGAGCCCGAGCCCGAAGAGGAGCCGCCCCGGCCCCGCGCCCCCCCGGGAGCUCCGGGCCCUGGGCCUGGCUCGGGAGCCCCCGGCAACCAGGAGGAGGAGGAGGAGCCGGGACUGGUCGAGGGUGACCCGGGGGACGGCGCCAUUGAGGACCCGGAGCUGGAAGCGAUCAAAGCUCGAGUUAGGGAGAUGGAGGAAGAAGCUGAGAAGCUAAAGGAGCUACAGAACGAGGUAGAGAAGCAGAUGAAUAUGAGUCCACCUCCGGGCAAUGCUGGCCCAGUGAUCAUGUCCAUUGAGGAGAAGAUGGAGGCUGAUGCCCGUUCCAUCUAUGUUGGCAAUGUGGACUAUGGUGCAACAGCAGAAGAGCUGGAAGCACACUUUCAUGGCUGUGGUUCAGUCAACCGUGUUACUAUACUCUGUGACAAAUUUAGUGGCCAUCCCAAAGGGUUUGCGUAUAUAGAGUUCUCAGACAAAGAGUCAGUGAGGACUUCCCUGGCCUUAGAUGAAUCCUUAUUUAGAGGAAGACAGAUCAAGGUGAUCCCUAAACGAACCAACAGACCAGGCAUCAGCACAACAGACCGAGGUUUCCCACGAGCCCGAUACCGUGCCCGAACCACCAACUACAACAGUUCCCGCUCUCGAUUCUACAGUGGUUUUAACAGCAGGCCCCGGGGUCGCGUCUACAGGGGCCGGGCUAGAGCGACAUCAUGGUAUUCCCCUUACUAAAAAAAAGUGUGUAUUAGGAGGAGAGAGAGGAAAAAAAGAGGAAAGAAGGAAAAAAAAAAAAGAAUUAAAAAAAAAAAAAAAAGAAAAACAGAAGAUGACCUUGAUGGAAAAAAAAAAUAUUUUUUAAAAAAAAGAUAUACUGUGGAAGGGGGGAGAAUCCCAUAACUAACUGCUGAGGGGGGACCUGCUUUGGGGAGUAGGGGGAGGCCCGGGGAGUGGGGCAGGGGUCUGCUCACUCACUUUGGGGAUUCGCCAUGGACACGUCUCAAUCGCGCAAGCUGCUCCCCCUGUUUCCCUGUUCCCCUCUGCCCCCUUGGGGGCUGCUCAAGGGUAGGUGGGCAUGGGUGGUAGGAGGGGUUUUUUUACCCAGGGCUCUGGAAGGACACCAAACUGUUCUGCUUGUUACCUUCCCUCCAUCUUCUCCCUAACUUUCACAGUCCCCUCCUGCCUGCUCCUGUCCUGCCAGCUCUACCACCCACCCCACCCCUCUUUUCUGGCUCCCUGCCCCUCCAGAUUGCCUGGUGAUCUAUUUUGUUUCCUUUUGUGUUUCUUUUUCUGUUUUGAGUGUCUUUCUUUGCAGGUUUCUGUAGCCGGAAGAUCUCCGUUCCGCUCCCAGCGGCUCCAGUGUAAAUUCCCCUUCCCCCUGGGGAAAUGCACUACCUUGUUUUGGGGGGUUUUGGGGUGUUUUUUGUUUUUCAGUUUUUUUGUUUUGUUUUUCUUUGCCUUUUUUUUUUCCCUUUUAUUUGGAGGGAAUGGGAGGAAGUGGGAACAGGGAGGUGGGAGGUGGAUUUUGUUUAUUUUUUUAGCUCAUUUCCAGGGGGUGGGAGUUUUUUUUUUAAUAUGUGUCAUGAAUAAAGUUGUUUUUGAAAAUAAAAAA